AUGUCUACAGCCUUCACCCCGACCAGUCCUUCGAGUCUCGCGCCCGUCCACCUGCUGCGCGCCCUGCUGCGUGAAGCCACGUACCUGCCCGAUGCCAGCGCCCGCCCCUAUUUCCGCCGCUACAUUGUCAGCCGCUUCAAGGCCUACCAGCCCAAGCAGAAUGCCUCGCCCACAUCCCAAAUCCAGGCUGUCGACAGGUAUAGACACCAGAGCUUCAGGAGACGCAAGCUUGCCGUCAUCAAUGAGCGCACGCGGCCGCUGCUGAAGAAAGGCCGCAAGGGGCUGAACUUGUUGCGACGUGCAAACUCGGGCGAAACGUCCUGUCUGUUGAAAGUCCUGUACUUGACCUAUGGACGUAUAGGCAGGCGCAAGUAUGCCUUGCUCGAUCAUCUGCUGCGGCCUGACUGCUCCCUGAUUGGCGAGAUGGUGUCCUCGCCGCCAGAACUCCCAGGACAGGCUCCGCUACAACAGCUAUAUCACAGCGACAAGCGCUACCUGCAAUACUUUGCUGCGCCAGAACCGAAAUCCAAGACUCGCUAUACCAUCAACAUAUCAGACCAUUAUUCGCGCUUCCGCACCGUCGUAAAGUCGCAGUAUGCCAAGGGCAUCUCCAUGGGUCGACAGAUGAAGAACUCGGAGCUGGUGACGCCCAUCAACAACGUCUGGGAGCGGCCCAUGCCCAUCAAGCGGGCGCGCAACACCGUCAGGAAAUGGUAUGCAGAGACGCUGACCAGGCUGAUGCCACCGUUGCCCAACCAGGAGUGGGAUGCUAUCAAGGCCAUGGCUACAGGUGAGAAGAAGAUCAGUCUUGUCAGGCGUCGCACACGACUGGGCACAAGUCCUGCUGCCUCGCCAGCUGUGGAUGACCAGGAACACGCUUUGAGAAUACUAGAAGCAGGUCUAGCUAUGGACAGGCCAAGUCAAGCCGACCGACCUGUGGGCAUGCACCGCCCACACAACAUGACCCAGAGAUUCAUGCGUCGCCUCUACGCAAAACUCCUCGCCUUGUCAUGCAAACUAGAGCAUGACGAUGAGCGCAAGCAAUGGAAAGCCAUCUGGGGUGAGCCGACCAAGGCAAUCCAUCCGAAGAUAUACGCGGCUCCCACAGACCAGUCCCUCUUCGCCGGUGUAGAUGCCAAAGGACAUGUGCCCAACCCACCAAAGACAGAGCGGGAGAAGCCAGUUGUGCCGCAAAACCUGCAGGAGGAUCACAUUCGGUUUCCCUUCUUCACAGAAUAUCUGCCGCUUGGCCAUCCUCUGAGGCAGAAACUCGACGAAUGGAAGAAACGGCGCGAUACCGCUUUCGGUGAUCAAGCUGGGGGCGGUGAGCAGCGUCGAGCUUGA